UGUCAUGCCUGAAGUUAGCUACAGACAAAAAUCUUUACAGUUGACAGCAUUCAAUUUUAUUUUCAAAAAUAUAAACUUUUAAAAAAUAGUCUUUUUUUAUUCUAUUAAACGCUCUGUGAUAAUAUUUUAAGAUACUUGCUUCUUGCUUUUAAUUUAGUGCAAAUAUGUCAUUAUAUAAAAGCGAAGAUACUUUAGAACAGGUUACAAAAUCGUUACAAUCUUGGAAAAAAUUAAUAGUGGACAUAUAUGAUGAUGAAUACGACAAUGAUGAAAACAAGGAAAAUGAAAAAAACGGUCAAUUAAAUGUUUUACAAAAAUACGUCGAAGAAUACGGUCAAAUUGAAAUAGAUUGUGAAAAAACAAAGGCAGCCCUACAAAAAUUGGACGAAAAGCUUGAAGAAAAAGAAAAACCUUGUGAAGAUGUAGAUGGUUUAUAUCGAGAGUGUUAUGAUAGUCUUCCAGAACCGUCUGUUAAUCAUUAUCACGAUACCCGUGUUUGGCAAGCAGUUUUUGAAGGUGCAACCGAUGUACAAGAGAUUCAUAAAAAGAAGAAAAAACUUCAUGAGUCUCAGUAUGAAGAAUUAAGUGAUUCCCUUAUGUGUUCUAACAUUUUCUCUCCUCCAUUGGAUCCCAUUAGUAAAGUGGUGGUGAAGAAUGCUUACAAAAGUCGAAAAUGUGGGCACGUCUAUGAAUUUGAAACCAUAUCUGAUUACAUUAGACAAAUGAAGGCUAAGGCUAAAUGUCCUUACAUAGGUUGUAGUAGUAACCAGUUGAAAAUGUCUGAUUUGGUUCAGGAUAGCAAAUUGCAGUCGCAGAUAACACAGUAUUUAGAAACACAUAAUGAUGAUUCUGAAGAUGAUGAUUAAUAUAUUUUUUUAAUAUUCUUUUAUGUUUUAUAAGUAAAUAAAAUACUUUUUUCUACUCCUAUUAA